AUGACCAAAUACCCCCAGGAAGAUACGGUGGAAUCACAUCUGGAAAAUGUUGACAAUGGCUUCCAGCCCAAAACCGCAGUCGGACUUGAUAAUGACAUAGAGCAUCAACUGUCUCUGUGGUACGUGCUUUGCAACCAUAAAGCACUAGUUUGGUGGGCCUUUUUCUUCGCUGUUAGUGCGAUUGGAUGGGGAUUUGAUGCGCAGGUGAAUAGUUCUGUGAUAUCCGUCCCGGCAUUUCGAAGCCAGUUUGGCCAUCUCUACAAUGGAAAACCUACGAUUCCUGCGGCAUGGCUGAGUGCAUUCAGCAUGAUUUCGUCUGUCGGUCAGUUCUUUGGCGCCUUCUUAUGCAGCUUGGUAAUCGACAAGAUUGGAAGAAAGCUGGGACUAGCAGUUGGCAUCGUGAUCGCCUGUGGAGGGAUCCUAGGGGAGAUAUUCUCGACAACUCGAGUCGCCUUUCUGGUUAGCAAAUUCAUUGUGGGAUUAAGCUUGGGAUUCUACUUAACAAUCGGUCCUCUCUAUUGCUCUGAGGUCUCCCCAGUUGUUCUUCGAGGAAUCACCACAGCAGGUAUUAAUCUCGGGAUUAUAUCGGGGCAGUUACUUUCCAAUGCCGCCAUCAAAGGCUUUGGUAGCCGGGAGGAUACUUGGGCUUACCGGGGUCCAUUUGCAAUUCAGUUAUUCUUCAUUACCUUUCUCGCCUUAGGUCUACCAUUCGCUGUGGAGUCGCCAUGGUAUCUUGUUCAUUGCAACAACAUUGAUGGGGCCCGAGCAGCCCUGCAGAGGCUAUAUGGCACAGAUGUUGAAAUCGAGACAAAACUGACGGCUAUUCGAGAAACAAUGGUAUAUGAAAUGUCGUUGAAAGAGGCAACUUGGGCGGAAUGUUUCCGUGGCCAGGAUCGUGUUAGAACAGGUAUUACCUCCGGAGUCUUUAUUGCCCAACAUUGCACUGGAAUCAUCUUUAUUCUCGGAUACUCGACAUAUUUCUUUGAACUGGCUGGAUUCCCAACGUCAAAGGCAUUUGAUCUUGGUGUUGGAGUGACCGCGUGCGGAGUUGUUGGAACUAUACUGUCUUGGACGGUCGUCAACUCGUACGGCCGACGGAGAAUCUUCCUAACUGGAAUGAUCAGCCUUACAAUCUGCUUGUUGAUGAUUGGAAUACUGGACGUCAUUCCAUCUGCGGCUGCAAUCUGGGCACAAGCAUCGUUCACGAUAGUCUAUACUCUGAUAUACCAAUCCACCAUCGGGGUCAUUUCGUUUGUCCUUCUCGGCGAGGUCUCUUCCCUGCGCCUGCGAGCAAAAACGACUGCUCUUGCGACAGCCACCCAGUCAGCUCUAGGGAUUGCCAUGAAUGUAGCUGUGCCGUACAUGGUGAGUCCUGAUUCGGCCAACAUGAAGGGAAAGGUUGGGUUCGUGUUCGGGGGGCUUUCGCUGCUUGCUACUUCAAUUGCAUUCUUCUACAUCCCCGAAUUGAAAGGCCGUACAUUUGCAGAGAUUGAUAUGAUGUUUGUGAACCGUGUACCACCGAGGAAGAUGGGUGUUUAUGCGAUAGAGGGUGAUUCAAUUUUAGUUCCAGACGGCUGUUAA